GUGAGUGUGCCUGCACAUGUGUGUGUAUGCGGAUAUAUGUGUGUGUUAUGACCUGAGGCAGCAUUCAGAGUGUAAUGGCCUUUCAGAGAUGCAGCGUCUCUCCGUUACGCUCUGCGGGCUUCUGGCUUCCUGCCUCUGUUUCUGGGGUUUCUGUGCAAAUUUUUCUGUGACUCAGACUCCAUCCGCAGUGACACUGAGGAAAGGAGAACAAGUCCAUCUCACCUGCAGCUGGAACACCAACAUCACCGGAGUUAAAGUGAAAUGGUUUAAAGACAAUCAGGAAAUUAACCAAACUAGCAAACUUCCAGAAACCAAAAACAUCAAAGACUGUGAAAUAUUAGUUUUAAAUAAUGCUGAUAGAGAUGUUGGCUUUUAUAUCUGUGAAGUUACAAUGGACAUACCUGUUCUGAGUAAGGUAAAUGGAACAGGAACAAAUGUUACAUAUUACAGAAACAAUGAUACAGAUAAUGCACAGUCCACAGAUCUUGUCUAUGACGCAUGUCCAACUGAGCACAGGUUAAACACGUCUCAGACCACACAACAGCACCAGUCAGCGCCAGUGUUGGAGACAUCUGUAUCGCUAGCUGUGGUCAUUCUGUUUGUGUGUGUGUUUCUGACUGUGUGGAGGAUGAAAAUUAGCUCCAAACAAUCAGAGAGAAUGGUGAUACGAGAGGGACCUCCAAGUGAAGAAGGGCAGCCGGAAAACAGCGAGGACGGAGGGAGUUCAAGGACUUCCAGAGGAUCCACAGAAUGGUAUAUGGUUCCUGUGUACGAGUCUUACUUCGAUCUGCAGAGGAGCGACGAGCAGGAGUGUGUAGACUCAGACGAUGCUGCGUGUGCGUCACCUGUAAAAUGAUAAUGCAUAUAAAAACGAACAACAGGAAAUCUGGUCAGAAACCCCAGCUGAGUUUGAAAUGCCAGAUCAAGCUCAUGUUGCUUUGUGUCAGCGUGUUGUUGGACAUUUGAAAGUUUUUGUGAAAAGACAGAUCAAUUUUACAUACAAAACUUUGCUAAUGAGGAAUUUGAAAAUUUACCCAGUAACGUUCAUGUCUGACCUGAAAUGAGGAACUUUAAGCUACUGUGUUGUUGUUAGUUAUUAAAUAUGUAUAAAUAAACUGACACAGAUAACCUGAUUGCUGCGAUGCUCAUUUUCAGGUCUUGUGCAUCCAGUGUGUCCUAUUUUGUACGAUUUCCGGCGGUUAGCUACUGUAUAAUAAUAGCGUGUAUUUUUUUUUAUCUUGUAUUAUAUAAUUUUUUUGAAAUGCUAACAUGGCUAAGAGUAAAACGAAGCAAAGUCAGCAUUAAAGCCCAGUCUCUCUUUCUUCAUUAAA